CAAAUUCCCUCUCUCCCUCAUCCCUCAUGUCUGCCACUAAGAAUAUCCUUUUGCUCGGUUCCGGCUUCGUCGCCGCCCCAGCUGUCGAAUAUAUCCUUCGACGACCCGAGAACAAGCUCACUAUUGCCAGCCGUACUUUGAAGAAUGCCCAGGCCUUGUCAGCCAAGUUCCCCGGCACUAAGGCUGUCGAAUGCGACAUUAACAGCGAUCAGGCUAUUGCUGACCUCGUCGCUCAACACGAUUUGGUUAUCAGUUUGAUCCCUUACAUUUACCACGCCAAGGUCAUCAAGGCUGCUGUUCAACACAAGAAGCAUGUGGUUACCACUUCUUAUGUCUCCCCUGCUAUGAUGGAAUAUGAUCAAGCUGCAAAGGAUGCUGGCGUCACUGUCAUGAACGAGAUUGGUCUCGAUCCCGGUAUCGAUCACUUGUACGCUGUCAAGACCAUUGAAGAAGUUCACAAUGAGGGAGGAAAGAUGCUCGGUUUCCUUUCAUACUGUGGUGGUCUUCCUGCUCCCGAGAACUCCAACAACCCUCUUGGUUACAAGUUCUCAUGGUCUGCUCGUGGUGUCUUGUUGGCUCUCCGCAACACUGCAAAGUACAUUGAUGGUGGCAAGAGCGUCACCGUUCCUGGACCUGAGCUCAUGAACUCUGCCAAGCGCAUUGAGACUGGUUACCCCGGUUACUCUUUCGUUGGUUACCCCAACCGUGAUUCCACCAACUAUGGCGAACUUUACCACAUUCCCGAAGCUCAAACUGUUCUUCGUGGUACUCUCCGUUAUGACGGUUUCCCCGAAUUUGUCAAGGCCCUUGUUGAUCUUGGUUUCCUCGACGACUCUGAGCAGGCUCACUUGGCUUCCUCUGCCUCUGACAUUACCUGGAAGGCUGUUGUUGCCAAGGCUGCCGGAUCCAGCGCCAAGGACGAUGCUACCCUUGCCAACGACAUUGUUGCCAAGGCCAACUUGGCUAAGAGCCCUCGCAAGGACGCCAUUCUUGAAGGUAUGAGAUGGAUUGGUUUCUUCAGCGAGACCCCUGUCCACCGUCGUGGAAACUUGUUGGAUACCUUGUGCGCUACCCUUGAGGAGAAGAUGCAAUACGAACAAGGCGAACGUGAUCUUGUCUUCUUGCAGCACCGUUUCGAAAUCGAACUUAAGGACGGUACUCGCCAAGUCAGAACCUCCACCCUUGUCGAGUAUGGUGAUCCCAACAAGUACACUGCCAUGGCCAAGACUGUCGGUGUUCCCUGCGGUAUUGCUGUGCAAUUGAUCUUGGACGGAAAGCUCACCAAGACUGGUGUUUUAGCUCCCAUGAGCUCCGAUAUCAACAACCCCAUCAUGGAGCUCUUGGAGAAGGAGAACAUCGGUAUGGUUGAAGCUAUCUUGUAAACGACUGUUUUUUGAAUGUAAAAAAAGAAAAAAUGGAAAGCACUCCUAGCAUUUGUGAUAUAAUGAGCGCUGAAGUUAUUAAAAAAUCAGAGUAUUGUUAUAGAAUUCACAUUGGGUUGACUGGGUUUAUUGUCAUUGUGCUCAUAUGGACU